CAUGCAAAAAAAGUAACCACCAAACACCGCGUAUCCACUUCAAUCCUCGAUCGAGCUUUACCUUAAGUUUUUCAACACACCAAAGUCUCAUAAACAGACGAAACUACUUCUCCAAUCCUUUGCUGCUCUUCCUCUUCUUCUUCCACUUCCUUAUCCUUUUAUUUUUUUGUUGUAUCAGGCAACAGAAAUGGCGAUAAUUACCGUACUGUUUUUAGCAGUUCUGUUUAUUGCUGGCCUCGUUAAUAUAUUCUUUCGUUUUCCCACCAAGAAAUUCUAUGCAUGGCUGCAAUUUGUUUCAGCAAACAAAUCUUCAUCUAAGAUUUCCACCACUUCCCCACCAGCCUCCCACAAAGAGAGGAGUCCCCACAACAAGGCUGAGCUCAAGAAGAUCUUCGCCACCUUCGACAAGAACGGUGAUGGGUUCAUAACGAAGCAGGAGCUGAGGGAGUCGCUGAAGAACAUCAGAAUCCUCGUGACAGAGAAAGAGGUUGAAGAAAUGGUUGUGAAAGUGGAUGCUAAUGAAGAUGGGUUGAUUGAAUUUGAUGAGUUCUGCGUGCUGUGUGAGUCCAUGGUUAGUGAGAAGAGAGCUGGGAAUGAUGAGGGAGAUGGGGCAAAAGGUGUUGAAAGUAGUGAAGUUGGAGUUGAGGAGGAUUUAAAGGAGGCUUUUGAUGUGUUCGAUACAAACAGAGAUGGCUUGAUUACGGUAGAGGAGCUGGGUUUGGUGCUGUGUUCUUUGGGGUUAAAAGAAGGGAAGAAGAAGGAGGAUUGCAAGGAGAUGAUUAGAAACGUUGACAUGGAUGGUGAUGGUAUGGUUAAUUUUGAUGAGUUUAAGACGAUGAUGAAAGGUGGAGGAAGGCUUCUCUUAGCCUCCUAAUUCUCUCUCUCUCUCUCUCUCUCUCUCUCAACAGUAUUGGAACAGUAUUCAUCACCAUCUCUGCUUCCAACCCCAGUCCUCGUCCCAUUAACUAUGGUAGUUCGAAGUGAAAACGAGGUGUAAAUUUCAUUUUCCAAUCAAUUACUUGAGAAGAUGUUCAUUUCAGCUGCCUCACAUGAUGGAGAAGAGAGUCAUCUACGAUUAUGUAGACCUUCAAGUAUGUAAUUUCCCAAUACUUUGACCAAAAACAGUAUGUAAUAUAAGUAUUUCUUUUCUCCUUUUUUCGUUUCAAAGAUCUAUAAAACAGGGUUAGCCCUCCCAAUCUGUACAAAUCGCCCUCAACUUGAUGAAGUUCUGGCUUACGUACGACUUCCGAGAAAUCUGGCUGGCAGUAGUCAAUGUAUGUGAAGUUCUGCACAGAAAUAAGAAAGCAAGAACAUGCAUGUGAAGUUCAAGCAUAUGACUCUUUUUCUUCCCCAA